AUGGCAAUAAAUCACAGUGCCACCUGGGAUAUUACACACUAUAUGCACCAGGAAUUCUCCAGUCAAACCUUCCCAGGACUGAAUGCCCCAAAACCAGAUCCUCCACUCUACAUUCCAACACACAGCAUUGUCACUAUGAAUCAGAUAGUGGCCAGCAUGCAUGUGGCAUACAAUAAUAGAAAGCAAAGCAGCUUCAAUCUGAUCUGGCUUUCUGAGUGCCUUUCAGCUAUGGAAUUGGGGGUUGAUGAAACCCAGGAGGCAGGCCACCUGGCAGCGCAUCCAUCAAGUCUCACUGGCUUUGUGGAUGAACCUAUGGUAAUCCUUGGUACCAGUGAUACCAUUGCAUUGUGGUACCUUCCCAGUGCCAUCACUGAUGAUUUGCAAGCAUCCCUGCAGACACACAUGCUUGCCACUCUGGACCCCCUUCACCAUGCAAUGUCCAAGAGUAUGACAAGUGGCUCCUGGCAGAAAAAUGCUGAAUAUUUCAAUCACACUUCAUGGUCACCAGGGUGCCAGGAGUUUUCCCAGCCAGGCACCAACAGGGGCAUAUGGUAUGGUUAUAUUACCUCAGGGACCAUGAACUUUUCCCCAUCAGUUUCCACUGACCUGCAGAUGGAUGCUGGUCAUGAAUGGUCCCAGCAGUCUUACCUCCUGGCUGCAUCCUCUCCAGACCCACACUCAUGGUCUGAUUGGUAUGACAUGCUGGUCAUGGUUGGUGAUUAUGAAGAUUGUGUAUUGGAUAUCCCCAUGCUUGGCCUUCAGUUCCUUUACAACCCUGGCACUGUAGUUGCAUUUUCCAGCAGGCUUCUUCAACAUGGGGGAUACCCCAUGGGGAUUGGAUGA